GCAAAAGCCACAAGCGCAACAGCAACUCCCUGAAAACCAGGCGGAACCGCAGAGAGGGUUGACGUAACACCUGGACACACCUGGAGGAUAUAAAGCAGCCGCGGACAUUGCGGAUUGACCAUUGCAUUCAGACACUCCGCGUUAGAAACACUGAGAGUAACGUGAACAAACUACCAGGAUGAAUAUGAAGAUGUUCUCAGUGUUACCCAUUUUGCUUCUACUAUCUAUUGACUGUAAAUCUGCUCUGGCCACUGUUCCCAGAGGCUGUGGCUCUAACCUCCAGUCGGUUUAUUUCAAUCUGUGCGACCUAGACGCUGUUUGGGGGAUUGUUCUGGAAGCCAUUGCUGCUGUAGGAAUUGUCAUCACCCUGAUAUUAAUUAUGGUUCUGCUGGGCAUCACACCGUUCAUUUUAGACAAGAGGAAGAAAGCCUGUGUACCCAUCCAGUGCAUUUUCCUAAACGGCACACUGGGAAUUUUUGGCCUGACCUUUGCUUUCAUCAUCAAAUUGGAUCAGAUGACACUUCCUACCCGAAUCUUCCUCUGGGGAGUGCUCUUCGCGAUAUGUUUCGCCUGUCUGUUGGCCCAUGUGUGGCGGUUGCUGAGGCUGGUGCAUACAGGAGAAGGUCCCAAAACCUGUUACAUGAUUGGCCUGGUUCUGAUUCUAACUCUGGUACAAGUCAUCAUUGCCAUUGAGUAUCUGGUGCUUGUCACUGUCCGAUUCUGUAACAACUGUGCCUAUGAUAGCAAAGACUUUGUCAUGCUGCUAAUCUACGUUAUGUUUCUAAUGGCUCUGACUUUCAUCCUUUCCAUCUUCACUUUCUGUGGCAAUUAUAGAAAAUGGAAGAAACAUGGUGCACACAUAUUCGUUACCAUGUUCUUCUCAAUAUCUAUCUGGGUGGUGUGGAUCGUUAUGUUUGUCCGUGGUAAUGCAGAGUUGAACAAGAAACUGGAAUGGGAUGAUCCAACCCUCAGCAUUGCACUGGUUGCCAAUGGUUGGGUUUUUAUCCUGUUCUACAUGCUUCCAGAACUCCGACACAUCACCUGCCCUGCAAAGCCCGAAGAUGAACCACAAGAAAGUGUAGCUUCCAAUCCGCAGAACGUGGGACUGAAGGGGGUGGACAAUCAGGUCUUCUUCUUGGAGGAGCCAAGCAGAGGAUUCUCUGGGAAUCUUGACCAUGUUCCCUCACCCUCAUACCGAAGUCCUUCACCAAUAGGCCACAAUAUGUAUGUUUCACCGCAGGAUUUUACAAUCCCUCGACCUCACACCAGAUCCAGCUACCACCCCACGCCCCUCCUGCAAGAUCCCUACCUCAACUACCAGAACAGGCAGACAGCAUUCUAGAACAUUCAGGACCUCACACAGGCAACAGGCCGGGCAGGUCCUGUUACAGAGCUGCCCACUUCACUCACCCACUUCUCCCAGCGAUAUGUUGACAGAGACUCUUCAGCGAGCUGUAAAGCUCCUGGAGACUUUGGCCUAUUAAUAUGGAGAAGCUUUUCCCUUGAUUUCUGUGAAGUAUUUACAGGUGACAAUGAUCAGUCUCUGGCCGCUGCUCAAAGUGCUGGUGCUGUGAACCCUCAGGCCAUUAGCAUUGCUUUGUUAAUUGUUGAAUAUUACAGGAAGAAAUAUAUAUUUAUAUAUCUGUGCAUAAGUCAGAGGGAGAAAUCCCCAUCUCUGAGCAGCCAAAUGCAUUCAAUCCACAUCUUUUCUAAAAAUAGAGUUCUGUAAUAUACAAGGUCAGAGGUGACUUUCUACUGACCCUUGUGAUCUACCUGUCUGCAUUUGCAGAAUUUAAUGAAAUGUAAUUAGUGUAUAACUGUAAAUUCUUGUUCUGAUGUAAAUAUUUAUUUAAAUUUAGAUGUCAGUGAUUUUUAACUAUUAUGUAUCACUGGAAUGAAGCAUUUUUGUAGCUGCAAUAAAGUUUAUUUAAAGGA